AUGAGCGACCAUCAUAUUUAUAACGAGCUUAUCAGUAAAUAUAAAGAUUAUGAUGAUACAUUUAAUGCACUACACAGGCUUCGGUCUAACGAAGGUGAAGAAAUUACAAAUGUUUACAAACAAAUCAAAAAUAACUUGAUCGAAACAUCAUAUUUUAGUGCAGAUAGUAUGAUAAAUAUUAUUAAAGGUAUCAUUCGAUUUAAUAAUCGAUAUGUUAAAGGAUACAAAUCUCUCAUGACAAAACUUUGCCAAGAAUUUCACCUUGAUAAAUAUGACAUUAUUCAAUCCAUUCCAAAUCUUCAUGAAGAAAACACAAUUUAUAAUGCUAUUGUGAACGAUGACAUUGAUGCAUUUAUUUCCUUCACUGAACAAGAAGGUUUUAAUUUAAAUCAAAAAUCGAAAAUUGAUUUAUAUCCAAUUCAAGACUUUCCAUAUUCACUGAUUGAAUUAUGUAGUUAUUAUGGAUCUGUUAAAUGUUUCAAACUAUUGAGAUCAAAAUAUAAUUCAAAAACUACUCGUCUUUGUCUUUAUAAUUCGUUUUUAGGAGAAAAUCCAGAUAUUAUGAGUGAAUGUAUGAAAGAACAAAAAAUUAAUGGCAGUUGUAUGCAAUAUUCACUAGCUGUACAUAACAUUGAUUUUGUUACUUAUCUAAUGAAUGAGCACAACCUCGAAAUAGAAUUGAAUUAUUGCUAUUACUAUCAUAAUAUUCAUGCAUAUUUCAUUUAUUUAGAUCAAACAAACAAUUUCAAUGAAUGUUUUACUUAUUCACCUUGUUUUUUUAUUCCUAAUCUCAUUGAAUAUUUAUUUUCACAUGUUUCCGAUAUAAAUUUUACAAAUAAAGGAGGUAUGUCUGCACUUCAUUAUUCUUCAGUUGUUAAUAACAAAUCAGCCGCUGAAUUUCUUAUUGCCCAUGGAGCCAAUGUUGCUACAACAAUUAAAAUGUCUCGUAAAUCUUCGAUUCAUAUUGCUGCAGAACAUAAUAGUUUAGAAACUGCAAAUCUUCUUAUAACGUAUGGAGCUGAUGUUAAUGCAAAAAGUAAUCAAGAUUUGACUCCUCUUCAUCAUGCAGCAUUGUUUAACAGUAAAGAAACAGCAGAACUCCUUAUUGCAUAUGGUGCUGAUAUACAUGCAAAAACUUCUCGUAGUUUUAAUGCUCUUCAUUUUGCAGCAAGAGAAAAUAGUAAAGAAAUUGCAGAACUUCUAAUUGCAUGCG